AUGAUCCAAGGAUUACCUCCCCAAGAAGAGACCAAUCUCAAAGAAAAGUUAGACGAAAUACUAGAAGAAGACGUGAAAGAUAUGGAGGGGUACUACACAGAAGAUAUGGAUAGAGAAGAAAUAACAUUUCCCGAGGAACUACCGAGCCCCGCUGCCUAUCUAUCUCAGAUUGAAGAACUAUCCACAGUAAUCACCAAGCACGAAGAAACCGUGAUGAUGGAAGGGAUUGAACAGAUCAAAGUAAGUGAGGAGUUAGAUCCCGAAGAAUGA